CAUCACAAGGAAAGCGACAGAUCGACCGCCCAUUGAGGGGAACCACGGAAUUUUUUGAUUGCGAGAAAAAAACCGUCGCAGUUGCUUGAUCUUCACAUAAUGGAACAAAACGAGGCUGUUGUAGUCAACGAAGUAGGAAAUCACGAUGGAGAUAUUGAAGAUUCGGCCAGGCGGCAUCGUUUUUUCGCUGGGCCCUCAAAGUUUGCAGCAGUUGUUGGGCAGGUUAUUGGACCGAAGAACCACAAUGUUUUUCAAACUUUGCAAGAGACCUUGGAGGUCCUUAAGGAUGAGGCCGAAGUAUCGAGGGAUUCACACAAAAAAGAAGGCCUUUGGUGUCACCCGUUUGAAAUUCCUCGCCACCCCAUAGAACAGAUUCAAAUGAAAAAUGAAGAAAUCGACCUGGAAAGACAACAGUCGAAGAUGAUAGAGGGUUUGACUCCAGAUGACUUCUCAGAGAUAGAGCAAGUCUUGAAGAAAGAUAAAGACGAUGACCUGGACCAUUGUGCUGAGAGAUUACCUUUUUAUCAAAGGCUGUCUAUUUCCGGCGGAGAUAUAAGCGGGGUGUCCAUUGAUGAGCUGCAACAAGCAGCCAAGCUCUUAGUGGAGGCCUUGUUUAUCAGAUCAAAAUACAUGGCCAUGAGCAUGCAAAGCUUUUGUUCCACAACUGCUCGGAAACUGAAGACUGUGCAUGAAGAUUUUGAUACAGAAGCUCAUUACUUUCAUUUGAAGAGACCUUCCAUUGAUGAUGAUUUAGACACCUGUCCUCUACAGCCCUUUUCUAUUCAGUCACCAUACGAUAUUGAGAUACCUGGCGACUGUGGUUAUAUUUUUGAGAUGAUUGAUGGCGUCUACCAUAUCACAGCCUGUAAACGAGAUGUCUCUGGUGACAGUGAUUUUUCUGUUAGUGACUCAGCCCAGCCAGUGAUGCACCCUGCUCCAAACCUGCAUGAAUUUUUUGAAGAUCAAAAUAUUCUUCUUGCUCUGUCAACUCAUGGACCUAUAAAGUCAUUUGCUCACAGACGCUUGAAGUACUUAGAUUCUCGACAUAGUCUCCACUCUCUGCUGAAUGAGAACAGGGAGCUUGCAGCUAUGAAGGAUGUUCCACAUAGGGACUUUUACAAUGUUAGAAAGGUGGACACCCACGUACAUGGAGCAUCCUGUAUGAAUCACAAACACUUGCUGCGUUUCAUAAAACGGAAAAUGAAGUACAAUGCUGAGGAUUUAGUGACAGUGCAUGAAGGAAGGGAGAUCACUUUACGAGAGGUCUUUGCUAUGUUGAAGCUGACUCCGUAUGAUCUUAGUGUGGACAGAUUGGACGUACAUGCUGACAGGAACACUUUCCACCGUUUUGACAAGUUCAACACCAAGUACAACCCCGUAGGUGAAAGCAGGUUGAGGGAGAUCUUUCUCAAGACAGACAACCACAUCAAUGGCCGUUACUUUGCGGAGAUGUUGAAGGAAGUCAUAGCAGAUUUGGAAGAAAGCAAAUAUCAGAAUGCUGAAUAUAGAAUAUCCAUAUAUGGGAGAGCAAAGAAUGAAUGGGAUAUCCUGGCUUCUUGGGCAGUUCAACAUAACAUGUACUCGGACAAUGUGCGCUGGCUCAUUCAAAUUCCUCGACUGUAUGACAUCUAUCAUUCAAAGAAUCUUGUGAACAAUUUCCAAGAUAUGUUGGAGAACAUUUUCCAUCCAUUAUUUGAAGCUACAGUCAAUCCACAGGCACACCCAGAUCUUCACAAAUUUCUUACUCAGGUUAUUGGCUUUGACAGUGUGGAUGAUGAAAGCAAAGCUGAAAGUCAUUUGUUUUCAACCAAGAGCCCUUUGCCUGUAGACUGGAACAACACAGAAAAUCCACCCUAUGCAUAUUACCUCUAUUACUUGUACUCCAACAUGGUGGUUUUAAACCAUUUACGAAAGGAACGUGGUUUUAACACAUUUGUAUUGCGACCUCAUUGUGGAGAGGCUGGACCUGCCCAUCAUUUGGUGUCAGCAUUCAUGUUGGCUGAGAACAUCUCUCAUGGUCUUCUUCUUAGAAAGGUACCAGCUUUGCAGUACCUGUACUACCUGGCUCAGAUUGGCAUUGCCAUGUCACCCCUUAGUAACAACUCUCUCUUCCUUAACUAUCAGAGGAAUCCUCUUCCCGAUUUCUUGGGGCGUGGUCUGAUGAUAUCAUUGUCAACGGACGAUCCCCUCAUGUUUCACUUUACAAAGGAACCGCUGAUGGAGGAAUACAGUAUUGCAGCUCAGGUUUGGAAACUCAGUCCAUGUGACAUGUCAGAACUGGCUAGAAACAGUGUGGUUAUGAGUGGCUUUGAGAAUAAGGUGAAACGUCACUGGAUUGGUGAUAACUACGGCAAGGAAGGAACUGCUGGAAAUGACGUAACAAAGACGAAUGUUCCGGAUAUUCGGGUUGCCUUCCGUCACGAGACUUUGGUGGAGGAACUGAGCACGCUCUGCACGGCUGCACGUGUCUAGUGCAUGUCUGCUCGUUUGCACGUAUCCAGUGUGCGAAUGCACGUGGCCAAAUCACACCAUUUUGGCGUGUAACAGGCAUAGUCAGCAUCCUUUGACAUUAUAGAUUUCAAGCCAAUCCAGACACUCACUCAUGAGGAUUUCUAGUUCCCUUUCCCUAUCCUAACAGGGUUUGACAAGAGAUAUGAAAAAAAUUAUUGCGAUCACGAGUCUUUAAAGUGCAUUAAUCAAGAAUCAAUUGAAUGGAGGUAUACGGGCAUUUGUACUUUAUUUACCGUUAUUAGAACGAAGUGUCCAAUGUUUUCAUGAACAAAAGAGGAAGAUAAAUUAUCACAAUCUCUAAGGUUUUACUGUAAUGAACAUGUUGUUUGCGUUAAUUUCGCAAAAGGAACAUGAAAUUCUUCCAUAAUUUAUUGAAACUAUUAUAGAUAUGAAUAAUGUUCGUUUAUGUAUUAAUUUGAAAUAAUUAGACAUGUUUUAUUUAUUUUUCCAAUGAGCGUUAUGUGGCUUAUCACGCAAGAUAUCACAAGGACGAUGCAGCCACCAUUAUUUAAGUAAUGUGUCCCCACUUAUAACGGAGGAAAAAUAGAUUACUUACGAGCAUUUUUUUUAGCUCGAUCAUUUUCUCGUAGACGUAAUUUACGAAUUGUAUCACCCGCUCAAAAUAUUUGACAUGUUUCUUUGGUAUUCACAUUAAUGGUAUUUUUGAGAUGAAGGUGGAAUGGAAAUUAGUUAUUGAGAUUUUAUUUUUAAUUAUAGCGCUAUAAUAUGAAAAGCUGUGUAAAAAGAGAGCAUAUAUAUUACUUGUAAUCAAUUUCAUUACAGAUGUUUGAGCUCAUCAAGAUAAAUGGAGAAACUUGUGUCA